GAAGCGCUCCUGUUCUGUACGGAGAGCGCCAACUUCCUGGUGCGCGACAAUGUGCAGUUUCCUAACAAACUCGUCCGGGAACACGCUGCAAUGCCAACAAGACGAACAAGGCGCGUUUAAACAAGGUCAUGAGUACCACUAGGAGCUGGCCUGUGGAGACUGACCUCACCUGUCUGAAACCUCACCUGUCCCCCGCCUCCACACCUCCCCCAGCACCCCAUCAUGACCUCUGAUGUGGAGCAGGAUUCAGCUGUAAAGCUUGAACAGGAACGAGCGGAGAUUGUAGCCAAAUAUGACAAGGGAAAAGAGGGUGCGACAGUGGAGCCCUGGGAGGACUCAAAUUUCCACCUGUACAAAGUCAUUGAUCGAUUCGGCUUCGUGCAUGAAAAUGAGCUCCCUCUUUGCAGCUCUGUGGAGGAGAAGCACAAACAGCAGGAGGUGGAAAGGACCACAAAAUGGCUGAAGAUGUUGAAGAGCUGGGACAAAUACAAGAACAGUGAUAAGCUGGUCAGGAGGAUCUAUAAAGGUAUCCCGCUGCAGCUGCGGGGAGAGGUGUGGGGUCUCCUCUUGGAUAUCCCCAAAAUAAAGGCGGAGAAGAAGGACUUCUACGAGAAGCUAAAGCAGAGGGCGAGGGGUAUGUCUCCAGACGUCCGUCAGAUUGACCUGGAUGUGAACCGCACAUACCGCGACCACAUCAUGUUCAUGCAUCGUUACGACGUUAAGCAGCAAGCCCUGUUCCACGUGCUCACGGCCUACUCCGUGUACAACAGGGAGGUUGGGUAUUGUCAGGGCAUGAGCCAGAUUACCGCCCUGCUGCUAAUCUACAUGAACGAGGAGGACGCCUUCUGGGCCCUGGUCAAGCUGCUGUCGGGUCAGAAACACGCCAUGCACGGGUUUUUCGUUCCUGGCUUCCCCAAGCUGAUGAGGUUUCAGGAGCACCACGACCGCAUCCUGAAGAAAAUGAUGCCCAAACUCAAGCAGCACCUGGACACCCAGGAGGUCUAUACCACCCUGUACACCAUGAAGUGGUUCUUCCAGUGCUUUCUUGACAGAACACCUUUUACUCUGACUCUGAGGAUCUGGGACAUCUACAUCCUGGAGGGAGAGAAGGUCCUCAUUGCCAUGUCCUACACCAUCCUCAAACUGCACAAGAAGCACCUGAUGAAGCUCUCCAUGGAGGAGCUGGUUGAGUUCCUGCAGGUCACCUUGUCCAAAGACUUCUUCUAUGAGGACGACUUUGUCAUCGAGCAGCUGCAGAGCUCAAUGUCAGAGCUGAAACGCUCCAAACUGGAGCUGCCGCCCCCAGGUAAAGAGGAGGAGUUUCCCACAAUGCCCCUGGGCCAGCUUCCGUCCGAAACGUUGGGCACCGCUAAGCACGUUGCAAACGGUCAGAGCCACAGUGGCACGCAGGAAACGGCCAGUGCACUGCCCAGCACGUCACUGGAACAGGCCCAGGGGAGCCAGGCCAGGAGGGCUCCAUUGGAGACGCUGGCGCUCAGGGCCGAGAGGAGGGAGGGGCUUGGGCAGGACUCUGAGGAGGCGGAGACCGUGGCUGUGGAUGGCGCCAAGCCAAACAGCCACGCUGCGGCCAAUCACAACUCCAAUGCCGCCUCCAGCUCCCGGCGGGACGUGCCAUCCUACUGGCUGAAGCUGCCGGAGGUGAGGGUGGAUGUGAGCAGGUGGGGCGUGGCCUUCCCCCCCAGCCCGGAGGAGCCUCGAUGGUGGCCGCUCUCCCACAGGGGCUCCAACGUGUCGCAGUACGACAACAUGCCCGUGCCGGACCGCGGGGUCGCGGAGCCGCACGCCCGAGCCCUGCACGUCACCGCCCAGGCGCUUUUCGGGACCCGGGCACUGCAGCAGGGAGGGGGGAGCGGGAGAGUCCGGAGCCAGACCGUCAGCACUGACCGCACAGCGAUGGGGCUCCCCAACACCCCGCUGCAGCUGCACCGCCCUGGGAGCCCCCCUUACAGCACCUCACUGGAGCCCAGGCCGGAGGAACAGGGCUGCAGCACCACGGCUCGCCUUCCCACAGUCCCCGUCUCCCCAAAGGCCCUCAUGAGCAGCCCCUACAGCAGCUACCGGAGACUGCCCACCAGGCUGAUUGGCACUUCAGUGUACCCACCUGAGGCGCUGUCUUGUUAUGAUGGGCGUGGCGCUGGCGAGGGUGGGCGUGAGGCUGACGCCUCUAUGACUCCGAGUGGUGUACUGAAGUCACAGAGCUUCCAGAGGGCUCAGAUAACACCUGCGCAGUACACCCGUUACCCUCCCCAAUUGCACGGCCUGCAACAUUGCAGGGCACAGCAUGAGGAGCAGCUCCCUCCAGUGUUAGGAGGACCACACUACAGGCACCCUCUGGAAGUGUUCAGCAAGCAGGAAUCUAGGCUGCUCUGA